AUGAUUGGUAGUUUGGAGACUUUUUGUGUUAUUGCUCUAUUACUACUUCAUUUUGAACAGUGUAAUAGCGCUUGUGCUCGAGCUGAAUAUGAGAUAAAUGGAGAAUGCUGUCCCAUGUGUGCACCAGGAACCCAUGUUUAUAGACAUUGUACUGAGUACACCAGUACAACCUGUGUACCAUGUACUCAAUCAACUUACGCUGCAGAACCCAAUGGGCUUUCACAUUGCCUUAGCUGUAAAAUGUGUGAUUCUGGACAGGGAUUAAGAGUAAAAACUCCCUGCACACUGACUUCAGAUACAGUGUGUAAGCCAUUAAAUGAAUAUUACUGUAUAGAUCUACAAAAAGACAGCUGUAGACAUACUGAAAAACACACAACAUGCAGUCCUGGACAAUACAUAAAGCAUAAAGGAACAGCUUUUACAGACACUGUAUGUGAUGAAUGUGCAGAUGGUACCUACUCCAAUAGCUCACUUCAAAAUUGUCAGGAGUAUUCAAAGUAA